UAGUCCUAAAAAUCACUUUCCGGCAGUGUGGCGGGGCCCCUCCGUCUGGUGUCCGCCUGGGCCGUGGGUUGAGGGGAGGUGGAAGGUUCGAGUCCCCCCGAGGGAUGAGCCUGUUCGACCUUUUCCGGGGGUUUUUCGGAUUCCCGGGACCUCAGAGACCCAGGGAUCCCUUCUUUGGAGGGAUGACUAGAGAAGAGGAUGAUGAAGACGAGGAGGAAGAAGGAGGAGUAGGGGCUCCCUGGGGUGCCAGGUUCGGAGGCCCCAGGUCCCCCGAGGACUUCACUUUUGGCUUUAGUUUUGGCCCUGGAGAUGAAAUGCAUUUCCACGAUAACUUUGGCUUUGACGAACUGAUUCGGGAUUUCAACCGUAUUUUCGGAGACAUGGGGGCCUGGACCCUGCCCUCCCGCCCCCCUGAGCUCCCAGGCCCAGAGCCAGAGGCCCCACAGGAGAAGCGGAGGGAGGGGGAGACUAUCCGGGAUUCGAUGCUCAAGUAUCCAGAUAGUCACCAGCCUAGGAUUUUCAGUCGGGGCUUGGACAGUGAUCUGGGGCACUCAUCUCCCAAAGCUGUCCCAGAUUGGGACUCCAAGAGGCCUUUGCAUGGGUUUGAUGACAUAUGGCCAGUGACCCCUGAUGCUAGAACCAGAGAGGACAAGGAUCUUGAUUCCCAGGUCUCAAAGGAGGGCCUGGGUCAAGUCCUACAGCCCCAGCCUAAAUCAUACUUCAGAAGCGUCUCUGUUACAAAGAUAACUGGGCCAGAUGGGACGGUGGAGGAGCGGCGCACUGUCAUAGAUAGUGAGGGCCACAAAGAAACCACAGUAACCCGUCGAGAACCAGAUGGCAGUUCUAGAGAUGGGUACCUUUCAACAGAUGUGGAUUUCCAAACAAGAAUAUGAAGAAGGAGGAAAACAAUGAGUAGAAAGGAAAUGGUCUUAAAAGCAGUUCUGAAAAUAAAACAAAACAAAAAAGAUGGCCUUCCCUCCGAUCCCUUUUGUUUCAUAUCUUUAGUAUUAUCAGGAACAAAAAUUCUCUUCUAGAAUAUUUAUACAUUUUUGCAUACUUCAAUUUCCAUUUAACAAAUGUUAAAGCCUUUAACUGGUCAUAUAACCUAAAAUGAGUUUGCCUUCCUUGUAAAGAACUAAUUCCUAUAAGCCUCUUAU